AUGAUUUCACUUGGAGCAGUAGCAGAAGAAAAGCCACCGUAUGCUGAUAUUCACCCUAUGAGGGCAAUUUUCAUGAUUCCAACAAAUCCACCUCCAACCUUCCGAAAGCCAGAACUCUGGUCAGAUGAAUUCACAGACUUUGUAAAACAGUGUCUUGUGAAAUGUCCAGAAAAAAGAGCCACUGCCACGCAGCUGCUUCAGCAUCCAUUUGUCAAAAGUGCCAAAGGAGUUUUCGUCCUGCGAGACCUGAUUAAUGAGGCAAUGGAUAUUAAACUGAAAAUUCAGGAAGCUCAGCAGCGUGAGUUGUAUCAUUAUGAUGAUGAAGAAAAUUCAGAAGAAGAUGAAACUGAUUCUAGGACCAUGGUGCGGGCACAGGGACAAGAAACUGGUACAAUCAGAGCUACUUGUGGAAUGAGUGAUGGCAUCAACACCAUGUCAGAAUACAAUGACACUUUAGAGUCUCAGCUGGGAACAAUGGUCAUAAAUGCAGAAGAUGAAGGGACAAUGAAGAGUGGGCUUAAUUUGGGGGAAAUUGCCUUGCAGUCCACAUCAGUGAGCCCGGAGUGA